GGGCGUGCAAGCAAGCAAGCAAGCAACCUAAGCAGGCGCGUGCGCACACACGCACGCACGCACCGCACACACACACAUACACACACUCUCUUACUCUCUUACUCUCUUACUCUCUUACUCACUCACACGCCAGCAUGCGAGGCGAUCGAUUGCAUUGCCGUGUGGUGCAGGUCGAGCAGCGGCCGUGGAAGGGGCAAAAAAGCCCCCCCCCCCAGACAAGUCACUGACACACACCUCAAUCCAGUGCAGCGCAGUGCAGCCAUGGAGGGCUGUUGGGAGGCUCACACGAGCGAGCGCAUCCAUCCAUCCAUCGCUCCUUUCCCGCCGGUGCUCCUGCUGUUAAAUAAUGCAUCGGCGCGGCCACCAAAAAAGACGACGGACUUUGACCUGGACCUCGUCCGUCUCGUCGCCGCGCUUUUUUUCUUGUCCUGCCAUUCCAGCUCGGCAUUUGAUCAUCGUUUCCUUCCUUCCCCCACACUCAAAUCUCUCAUUACCUUUAUUAGUAUCUUGGUACCUACGUACUUUUUACUUGGUCCCUUCUCAUCCGCUCUUCUCUGGUCAUUGUGCCCUUCUUAUUCCGCACGUCUGGUGACAUCGGCAGCCGCUGCUAGCGCGCUCUCCUCUCUUUCGCUCUCACUCUCCCUUGGCCUCCCUUCCUGUGGGCUUUAUUUGAUCUUCAUCAGAGAGCCAGAGGGCGGCCCGGCGGCCCUUUGCCUCCUUGUCUCGGGCGUCAUUCCUCGCGCGCAUUACCGCAUUACCCCUGGUCCGCCGGCCGCUCCUUUCGACGGCGGCUCCUCCAGGCACAUUCCCGAAGGCCCCAGGACGAGCGACAGAGGGGAGGACGGCAAGCAAAGGGAACAGCGCAUCGUCCCGACGCUCGCUCUCUCGCUCCUUAGUUGGACGCUGCACCCCCUUGUGCCUCGCCGUUUUACUACUUCUACCGCAUCCCGGCGCCUUGUUGCCCUCUUCUCCCCUUCCCUCUCUGGAUCCUCUCCUCACACAUACUCGUGGACAUAGAUGUGUCUUUUGUCGUUGCCGCCGUUGUUGCCAGUUUGUUUCUUUUUCUGCCCCUCGGUCUAAAUCUGCACCGAGCUCGACAAGCUCGACGACUUACUGUCACGUCACAUACAAUCCACACACAGUACAGUUCUUGAAGAAGCGCGAAGACGAGGACGAGGACGAGGCAAGCAAACACACGCCACGAACCACCGGAAAGAAAAAGCAAAGACGACCAGGCUGUACAUGUCGUCGAAUAAUUCACGUACUUAAUCCCACCCGGCGCAAGGUCAACGCACCAUCCGCAAUCAUUGAACCGCGAACCGCCCGCGCCAAAGCCCAGGUUCAAACAAACGCAAGGAACCACCCGCGCCUACGCACAGACCUGUUCGCCCGCACUCUUCUUCUUCUUCGUCACCAAGGCUCUGCCUGCCUUUUGAAACAGAGGCGGCUCAUCAUCGACGUUCCAAAGGCGCCAUAGCUUUCGAUCGUGUACGUUGGGAGCUUUGACUGCUUCAGAUCAGUGCUCCUCGUGGCUCACUUGCGCUGCUAGACCAAAGCCAGUUUCGUUCCUGUCUGCCCGCCCACUGGGUCGAACGAGCAACGCGACAGGAAGAGCCCCGUCGACGACAUCCACUUCCGACGGAGACGCAGCAAAUACAGACAGGCGUCGGUGCUCCAACUACGUACGUACGUACGGACGCACGCACAGUACCGUGCAGCACAAGACAGCACAGUACGCCCGCAUCUCGUCGUCGACCAAGAAGAAAAAGACGGACCGGACCCCACCGCCCGCCGGCAAACACUUUUAAGCUCGCCGUCGAGUGGCGCGUGCCGUGCCAUUUUGGUUUCACAGGGAGUCUGAAGUUUAUGGGCCCGCGUCUGCCUGCUCUGCAGCAUAAGCAUAAAGCUUGAGGCCCAAGGCUCUCGCGCAACUGUUUAAGCAGCGACUUGCGUCGAACUCUGUGUGCCCGUCAGGUCUCUAUUUAUUGCCAUGGCUGUUCAAUUAUCCUCUGCUCUCCUCCCCUCUGCCCUCGUCUCGACCGCUCGCUUCCUCCAGCCCGUCGACAUCGCUCCCGGAUCCGACUCCAAACGGCCGCCCUCGCCCGCAUUUCAACCGCGAAUCGGCCGUCAUCACGCCUGGCGUCGGCUCGCCUGUCUGCAUUGGGGUCACGACGUCAGAGGGGCUCGUGUCUCAGAGUCGCCCCAAGGCUAGUGCCCACCCAGGGAGGCUUGGCCCACUAUCUCUCUCUACACGGAUUUGGGGCACGGCGCUCAUCCGCCGCCUCACACAUUUCCUUGCCCCCAUGCUCUCGCGCUCGCCCAUUCAGCGCCCGCACCAGGGCCCCAGGGCACCCCCAGCGGCCAGACACCAUCUCUUCCAGGUACCCUACCUUACCUACCUUGCCUCAGGCGGACCCUGCCCUCGCUGCCCGCCCUCUGUCCCUUGCCCUCUGCGCACUGCCCGCCCCAGCGACGUCUGAUCCGCAACGGCUCUCUCGAGUCUCAGUGCCUCUGCCGCUGCCGCUGCCAGUGCCACUCCCUUCUUCCCUCCCGUCCCGCCCAGCCCAGCCCAUUCCAGCCCGUCAGCCAGCGCCCACCUCAGGCGGCAGCCACGGCCAGUGGGCGACCGCACGGGAGCUGGGGGCCCAGACCUCCACCACCACCACCACUAAACACCACCACGGCCACCACCACCACCAACUCACCUCCACACGCAACCGCAUCGUCCGACCGUGGUUUUCUUACCACCCCUUAGGGACGCCUCCGUUUCGUCCUUCAUCACCUCGCAUCUUUCUCUCUUUUCCUCCCCUCCGUCGCCCGUCGCUAACCAAUAUUGCGCUGCCCGUUUCUAGACGCGAUCGAGGGGCUUUCCAAACCUCACCAUGCCCCCCGGGUCUGGCGACAAGCGUGACCAGCCAAUGGGCUCUGGCUUCUCUGGCUCCAACCUCUACGCCAACAGCGCCAUCUGGAACACUUCGUUCUCGAACGCCCGGGAGCGUUCUAUCAGCACCAAAGAUCCCGAAGACAACCACGCCGCCGGCUCCAGCGCCCUCAAUGCAAACUCCGAGGCAGACGUCUGGCCCGGCGCCGCCCCGAACCCAUGGGGCACAGCCUCCAACAACGACCGACCCGGCCGCUCCGUCAGCACCUCUCCCAAUCGAACCCGAGACGGAGCCAUGCCCAACGGCUCUAGCUACUUCGACGCGCAGAGUCCCAUGUUGAGCCGCGGCGGCUUCGGCGGCAAAACCUUCAACGAUGAUUCCAAUGGUUACGCUGUCGCCUUUGCCUCGCAGAAGCGCAGCACUCAGGACUCGGUGUCCGCCUACAUGGACCCUUUGUCGACCCUGCCCGGUCAUCGAGAGCCUAGCCUUCCUCCCUCGCGACAAUCUCAAGGCUCUCCGGCGUUCCAAGACCUCUACCGCGCCGGGCACACUCCAAGUAACUCGAUCCACUCGCAGCGCCAGAUAUCGAACCACACUACAUCCUACUCCACCCAGAGCGCGAACCAGCGGGCGUUCAACAUGAACAAGCAAAUCGAGGAGGAUGUUUCAGCUCAGUUCGGCCGGAGACUGGCGCUGGAGAACUCCAACGGGCCGUCGUCCUAUGCCCAGAGCCAGCAGCAGGCAUUCCAGCUGAACCCUGGCUCACAGCCCUGGACCGCUGAGGCUCCCGCUGGUAGAUUUGGUGGCUUGGACACGACCGCAUCGGAUGCCCUUGCUGCCCACUACGCCGCCAUGAAGAGACCCUCUGUCGACAGGAUAUCCCCUGCCCCGAGUUAUCGCCUGGAGUCCAACAAUAGCCCGCGGUCAUACCAGCCCAGCCCGGACGCUUGGUCCAACAGAUCUUCUCGAGACCCGAGAAUCGCGGACCUCGAGCGCCGCACUCCGGCGCAGCAAUUUGCCGCCGGCUUCCAUGCGCCGUACUUUGCGAGCCCGUACGCGCCCUACGUUCACCUACCACCAGCCCAGUUCCAGCAAGGCUUGAUCGACCCGUAUGGUCAGACCUUCCGACAUCAUUCGUUGAUGGCCGGCUAUGGCCUUGCGGCGAUGCCCGCGCCCUAUGCUCUCGGCUCGGGCCUUCCUCCCGUUCGGCCCUCUCGAGAGCAGGACCCGGGCAAGGGCAUGCGAAGCGCGCUGCUCGACGAAUUUCGCGGCGGCGGUAAGAACAGCAAACGCAUUGAGCUCAAGGACAUCUAUAACCAUGUUGUUGAGUUCAGCGGCGAUCAGCACGGGUCCAGGUUCAUCCAGCAAAAGUUGGAGUCAGCCAACAGUGACGAGAAGGAACAGGUCUUUCGCGAGAUUGAACCCAAUGCCAUCCAGCUGAUGAAGGAUGUUUUUGGCAACUAUGUUGUUCAGAAAUUCUUUGAGCACGGCAACCAAGUCCAGAAGAAGGUCCUCGCAGAAAAGAUGAAGGGCAAGGUCGUCGACCUGUCGGUGCAGGUAUACGCGUGCCGAGUCGUGCAGAAGGCACUCGAGCACGUGCUUGUCGAACAGCAGGCGGAGCUGACCCGAGAGCUUGAACCCGACAUCUUGAGGGUCAUCAGGGACCAGAACGGCAACCACGUCGUUCAAAAGAUCAUCGAGCUCGUGCCGCGGCAAUACAUCAACUUCAUCAUGAGCUCGCUCCGAGGCCAGGUGCCUAGCCUCGCCUCUCACACGUUUGGCUGCCGGGUCAUUCAGCGGAUGUUGGAGCAUGGUACCGAGGCGGACAAGGAGGAGAUCAUGGAGGAGCUGCACGCGUCUGCGCACAUGCUGAUUACGGAUCAGUUUGGCAACUACGUGGCGCAGCACGUCAUCCAGAAUGGCAAGCCCGAGGACCGCAAGGAGAUGAUUGAGCUUGUCAUGAAGCAGCUGGUUACGCUGUCCAAGCACAAGUUUGCCUCCAAUGUCGUCGAGAAAUGCAUAGAGAACGGGACUGCGGAGCAGCGGACGCGCAUUCGAGAGCAGCUCAUGACAGUGGGCGGCGAUGGGACGAGCCCGUUGGGGCAGAUGAUGCGCGAUCAGUACGGCAACUAUGUGAUUCAAAAACUCCUGUGCCAACUCGAGGGUGCGGAACGCGAGGGGCUUGUUGAGGACAUCAAGCCCCAGUUUUUCAGCAUCAAGAAGGCCAACCCGUCGCGCCAGAUCCAGGCGCUGGAGAAGAUGCUCGGUCUCGGAGCUACGGGCGAGGGCGUCAAGGGCGAUGGCAACCUGGCGCAGCUAUCUGACAACACAGCUCAGGCCGACAUAACUGGCGUGGACUCCGCGGCGGCUACGCCGGCCUUGACCAACGAAGGUGUCAGCCCGCAGAGCUGCAGCCCCCCGAGCACACACGUCAGUGCCGAUGGCAUCCUGACGGACGAAGGAUCCAAGAAGCUCUCGGAACAGGUGUCUCAAGGGAACAAACCCCGCGUCCGGGAGACGGACGCAUAGGAGCAUGUGCCGGCCCAACGGCCCCCUUGUCCGAGAGUGUAUUAUGACGACUUACCACGGGCGCGUCCGGCGACCUAGACAUGCAAAGUGUCGGGCACACGAGAAUGCCCGGCAGGAAGCAAGCACUUAUAGAUAAUGUCCUCGCACCGAGACGGUACAAUUUCGCAGCAACAAAAUUUAACGGCAUCCUCGUACGACUUUUCUAAUAUCCGGCCCGGGUGGAUGAGACGGGUUGAUGGAGCCCAGCCUCCACUGGACGACGCUGCACGACAUAUCACGGCGAUUUGGUGGGGGGAAGAGACGUGGGGAUGGGAUGGGACCUCAACGCGGGCGUGUCGAGGUCCCCGGGAUGGCAGCUGGGGUUAUUCGCGCUCUUUUAUUCUCGUCACGAUAUUCUAUCUGGGAAAACGAAGCACAAAACGGGGGCCGCUGGGGAACGAGGCUCGUGUCUAUGUCUUUUUGUCGAUUGGGUGUUUACUCGGGAUUAUCGCGUCAGUAGCAUGGGGUCCAUUUUUGAGGGCUUAGCGUUGCUCACUCGGGUCGGGUUGGGUGAAGCGACGCAGACGGUGCUCACGGGACGGACGGUCAUGGAUUAUUUUGGGAACCAGGAAAGUGCAGGAUUCAUGGGUUCUGUGUACUUUAUCUAUCAGGUGGAUCAGAAAUGGGCUGCCUCGGGACCUCUUGUAGGCAACGUAGAAUGAUGUUAGCAAGG